AUGAUGGCAGCGGUCUACAUCCCUCUGGAUCUCCAGAUCGAAAUACUCUUAAGGUUGCCUGAGAAAUCUCUAUAUAGAUUUCGAAGCGUCUCCAAGGUUUGGUACUCAAUCAUCACCAGUGAUUUCAUGAAUAUUGUAGCUUCCUUAGCUGCUCCUCCUCGUCUCCUCAUUGCUUUUGCAGAAUUUUACGGAGAAGAGAGUCUGGUAGCCUCGUUGCUCUCUUCCUCUUCCUCUUCUUACAGAGAUUUUGGCCAAGUCAACAUCAAAGGGAAAGUGGUGUAUAACGCGGUUCGGGGCUUGAUCUGCGUUGGAGCCGGUUUUGCAAAUGUGGGGAUUUGUAACCCUAGCACGAGGCAGGUGCAUAAUCUUCCCCAACUCAGAUUCAAAUCUACUCCACAGAUUUUCCCACGCCCUGAGUACAUUUUUGGGUACGAUCCGGUUGAAGAUCAGUACAAAGUGCUGGCCGUUGAUCAAUGGCCACAGAGAGGGGAGCACAAGGUCUUGGUAUUGGGAGGAGAAGAAGCUUGGAGAGAGGCUUCGUGUGUCAUAUGUCCUCACUUUGUUUAUACACGAGGGUUAUAUAUGAACGGAGCCAUGUAUUAUGGGGCUUCCAAGGAGGACAUCAAUCCCAAUAACGGAAUUUUCCAGAAUACGUUUUCUCGUAGGAAUAAUAAUUCCAUAAUUGUGAGUUUCGAUGUUAGGCUUGAAACGUUCAACAUCAUCAAAGUACCGAGCAAGGUUCUACCAAUAGGUUAUAAGAAUCUGUGGGGUCAUAUUACGGAUAAAACUAUGCAUAAAACACUGAUCAACUAUAGAGGGAAAAUUGGUGUGGUUGAGAAGCCUGGUGAGGAUAGUUUUAAAAUGUGGGUUGUUGAAGUUGCUGAGAAAGAGGAAUGGUCCUUCAACACUUUUCAUCUGCCUGAGUCUGCUGCUGGUCUUGACUUCAAGGUCGUGGAUACCUUUCAUAACGGCGAGAUUUGUCUGGUUCCAAGACAAUUGUCUGAUCCCUUUCGUCUUUUCUAUUACAAUUUGGAGAAGAAAAGCAUGAGAAGUGUCAUAAUUGAAGGUCUGCCAGUUUCCAAGUUUAAGCAAGUCCAUCAACUUUCUGUGACUGUCUCAGAACAUCAUGAGAGCUUCAUGCUCUUAGAAACUUGA